UUGCUAGUCACGUAUCACACGCCCGUCUGUGGUUGUGGUUAUUCAGAUAGAGUCUUGCCACUGUAUUAUUAUCGACCAACGACUCACUCGUUUUCAUUUGUUGCAAAGCCAGGCUGUCGUCCUGGUUAGCUCAGAGGCGCCCAUUUUUUUGUGUGUUGUUGUUGCCAUCGUCCAACAACUAAAAAUAGAUUCUCUUCAUCACUUACACAUUUGAUGUUUACACGUCAUCCCUGUUUUGUUGGUUUUGAUUUGUCUAGUCGUGCAACGUUGGGUCCCGCCUGUGCACGCUGAAAGGGCGGCCUCCUCGAGUCUGCGUCCCAUCGAUCCGGAAGAGAACGAUGCCACGUAUCCCCACGGUGUAUUACUGCACGCGACCCAAAGUGAAUCAGGUCCAGUAACGGACGGAUAGUGUGUCGGUGCGGAUCGCUCCCCAAGAAGAAAACCUGCUUCGUCCUGUUUUUAAGCAAAGCGGCCAAAAGGAACUGGUCUGCUGUUGUUGAAUUCGUUUCUCUUUUUUUGCAAAUGCUCAGCCUAAAGCUCGUUUCGACUCACUGUUUGAAACAGCCGUAGAUUGGGUCCACCAAACAUUCGACCGCCAAAAAACUGAUUUUUUGAAAUAGUGUCGAUAUUCUAGAAAAUUAUUUGUUCAACUCCAAAAAAAAAGAGCAAAAAUGUGUCGUGAUCGUGAUAUGGCGUGUGCCGGCUGAAAGUUGCCACCCUGCAGACUCUCGACUGAACCCAUUUGAGAAACACAAAUUCAUCAGAAAUUCUUUUGGAGAGAAAAAUCUUCACAAAUUACGCAAUCAUCAUCUUUUUACAAGUGCCUCAACCCUGGCCGACAACCUGGAGCGAUUUGAUUGGGAGGAGAGCAGUGCGCCCUAUAUGAUGAGACGACGAACGUCCCUCGAACCUUACGAUAUCGACAAUGUCUCAUCACAGGCUUUGAAUGAAAGUUACCAAGACGACCAGGAGACAACUAACAAUGGCCCUACAUUGCAGCCAGAUUCUAAGAGGACCUCCUGUAUUCCCAUAAGUCAUCAUGCGCCCGUACAUUGUUCGUCGGCUGGACACCCGUGGGGCGGAGGAUUGGACGACGAUUCGACCGACGACCGGAAUGACUACGCACCCUGGAAUGACAGGAACGAAGAAGACCUGGUGGUGGCCAGCACCGUCAGCGUCCAGGAUGAAAGCGAUUUCGACCCAAUGGCUUCCAUCACAGUUCAAAUGUCAAUUUGGAAGGAAUUAUCAGCUGGACAGCCGUCAGAUGAGAAUCAGAGCUGGACCAAUGAUGCAACACUUUGCUGGCGACGUUAUCCUUUCGCCGUCGAGGACGAAAUUUCGUCGCCCAUAUCUUAUGGCUCACCAGCCACUUAUCCGAUGGUUCCGGAUGAAGAAGUUGAAUUAGUUUCUGCCGACACGGAACGUUCGGAGCACGAAGAGCGCCGGAUUCUGGAGCGUUUCGCCAGCUUCCCCAGUGGCAACAAGAGCAGACCCGUCUCGAUACUGCUGGGCGGUGGGUGCGGCGGCACGCCCAAGGGCGGCCGGCGACGCAAUAAGCGAAAAGGUUGCGAUAGUCCACGCUCAUCCGCCGAAGAUAAAAAUAAUACAACCGUCAAACCUGAAGCAACUACCCCGGAUAUUCUUCCGGCUGGCGAACUCCCCAUCAUCGAUCCCUUCGCCGAAAAGUGCAGCAAUAGCGGUACAGGUCAAGGGCAAUUUCGGCAACAGCUCUGCUUUGACUUGAUGCAAUUACAAGACAAAGAGGAAGAGGAACACGUCAACGGCCAAGACGGUGACGGACAGGGCAACGAGCCAGUUACUAGCCACGGAAUGAGACCGGCCAGAGGAUGGGCUUCCUUGAACAUUCUCCCGGACGAAGACGAUGAGGACGUGACUGUUUCGCCGCGCGUCCUGUCACCCGAGAUGGAUGAGCCGGCCGGAUCCUUUCAUGUGCGGGGCUUUCACGGCCGUUGCAAAGAACCUCAAGAGAAGCGGACCGCUUUCAUCGCCCUGGGCAACCUCAAUAAUUUCAAGAGUCCCAAUCGCAACCUUGCCGGCUCCGACGAACAUCCAGCAACACUCCGGGCCAGACAACUCGUCCAGCAAAUUCACAGUUUAAAGCAGAAAGUCAAAUUGUACGAGGACGCUUUCGAGCAGCGCUACGGAUACCGGCCGUCUCACCACCAGAAGAUGGACGACCGCAACACGAAGCGAGUGCUGACCGAGCUGGCCCGCACCCGCAAAGAGUUGAAGCAACUCAAGGAGCGCUACCAUUUGGUGGAGCCGGUCGAGAUAUCGGAGACGAGAGAUCCAGCCGGCACUACCACCACCGCCACCUUCUUCACCACCAAGGAGAGGCCAUCGGCACCACCCUGUGCCACUACGCCUUCCGUCGAAGAAACGGUGCUCGAAGUCCAAGAGCAUCUGACCAGCAACCGACAAUUGGCCGGACGAUUGGAAGCCAUUGACAAAUUAACCGCCAAGCAAGUGCUCGAUGAGAAAUUGGCCGUUCAACGAGCUCUGCUCUACGUCGAGUCGCUACACGGUCGGCCAGCUUCGUACAGACACAAGGAUCUGUUGAGACCGCUCUACGAUCGCUAUAGAAUCCUAAAGCGAAUGGUGGUGAGGUCUGGUCUGUCGCGUUCCAAAGAAGAAGUCUGCGAUUUGGCUCCGAUUCUCGAAUACGAGACCCUGGAAUUGUAUGAAACUCGGCCCGGUGGAUUGGGACACCGACACUCUGCUCCCGCUACUCCGUCGCUGGAAUCGAUGGAAGAAACGGAUCCCCGCACUGCCGCUGCAUCCACCAGCCGCCAGCGUCAUCUGGGCAUGACUCCCAUGACGCCCAUCACGGGCGUGGAAUUACGCAAAGAAAAUGGUUUGGCCUCCUGGAACUCUGACGAUCCUAUGCUCCUGAUGUGGAAACGCCAAAAGAUCUCACUCAACAUCGACGAAAACCUGCACGCCCUGCCAUUGAACCAACUGAUGGAUCAAUUGCGUCACGUCCGCGAAGAGAAACGUCGAUUGAGACGAACCAUUCGCGAUCUAGAAGCCGACAUGCUGCGCCAGCAGUGCCCAGCACCACCCAGAUACUCGUCGUCUGCUGGCAACGACGAGGAUGUCGACGGACAUUUGGAGCCCGUUUAUGCUCAGUAUCGCCAUGCCCGGGCAAAGUUGCGCCUUCUGGAAGCGUUGGUAGCCAAACACGACGGCAGUGCCACCUUAUAACUUAAGAUUAUUAUCUCUCUUUUGAUCACCUCCCCCCCCCCCCCUCCCACUCAUACCAAAAAAACUGCCGGGAAUUGAAACUCCCAUCUUGUCCUUUCUGCAAAAUUUUUGGGACUUUGGUUAACUCGAAACAAAGAAGAAAAAGAGAAAACUUUUAAUUGAUGCCAAUGGAUAUAGACCGGCUGUUGCAACUUUUGUUAAUUUUGUGAGAGCUGUGAAGGAAACAAAUUAUCGGCCCCGGUAUUAAUUAAAUACCGUUGGACGGAAGAAGAAGAAAUAACGUAAUUUCGUAUUUAAAUAGAUGAUGCUAAUUGCGAAUUUAAAAAAAAAGACGGAUAUUUAGUUACUUGAAUCUCUGCGAACGGAAAAAUAACCUUUUCGCCAGAUUCGUGAUUUAGAUUUGUUGUUGCUCUGUUUGUGCUGUACUAUCAAAAUGCGGAAUCGUGUCUCUAGCUAUUUUGAGAUAAAAGCAAAAGAAAUAAUAACCCCGAGUUCAAUCGAGAGAGAUCUGCGUACAAACAAAUAUUAAAGAUCCUCUCGUCUGUUCUCUCUCUUUGUUUGCCGUUUUGACUGUUUACACAACAAAAAACAGAAAACCUUAACACACACACACACACACACUACAUACACAGAGUUAUUACGUACAGUUUAAAAAUAUACUGCUGCAUAACUUA